CUAUUCCGCAAGGGUGCACACAUAUAACUCAAGCCUAUCGCCCAGUGCCAUUUAUCAGAGAGCAGUGCCCAGUUAACGGAGCGAAAUGAAGCCGCUAGCGUCUGUUCUGGCGGCCCUUAUGGUGACCCUGGUGCGCUGUGCCCCUCCACGGUGUGAGCCCGGGGAUCAAGCACAAGGACGAUGUCGAGCUGAAGCUGCAGAGGAAGCACAGUGUAUGAACAACUAUCUAAAUUACUGUUCAGGCGUGUCUUACUCAAAGAUAAUGUUUCCGAACUUGAUUGGUCAACUAACAAGAGCAGAAACUGAAAUGAGUGCUGAGUAUGUUCUUAUCAGUGUCCUGGACAACUUGUUGAAUGGAGAAUGUAACACUGAUCUCAGGUUGCUGGGCUGUUCCAUCCUUGCUCCCCAUUGUGAGAACAAUAAGAUUGUGAAGCCUUGUCGAUAUGCGUGUGAAGCACUUAAGAAAGAAUGCGAACAUUCAUUUGAAAUGAUUCAGAUGGCGUGGCCAUAUUUCAUGGACUGUGAUCGUUUCUUUGUUGGUGAAGAGGAAGGCUGUUACGAUCCUAUCGGAAAAUACCAAAGUUCGAGUUUGACUGAUGAAUCGGAAACACCCUUCUCCAUGAUACAGUUCAAAUACCACAGUUAUGCAGAGAUGACAAAAUUACUAAAGCAUACUGCAUCUGUGUGCUCAUCUAUCUCAACAAUGUACAACAUUGGCCGCAGUUUUGAUGGCAAAAACCUUUACGUGAUUGAAUUUUCAAGUAACCCUGGAGAACAUGAAUUGCUUGAACCAGAAUUUAAAUAUAUUGCAAACAUGCACGGGAAUGAAGCACUGGGAAGAGAGCUACUGCUAUAUCUUGCACAGUAUUUGUGCUCUGAGUAUUUAAGUGGAAACCAAAGAAUUCAGGCUUUAAUCAAUAAUACCAGAAUCCAUCUACUUCCUUCUAUGAAUCCUGAUGGCUAUGAUAUAGCAUCUGAAGAGGUGGCACCUGAGACAAGGGGAGUGAUAAAAUGGAUCAAGAAAAUACCUUUUGUUCUUUCUGCAAGUUUGCAUGGUGGGGAUUUGGUCGCUAGUUAUCCUUUUGACUUAUCAAGAGUGCCAGAAGAAAACAAGUUUUACUCACCCACUCCAGACGAUCAGGUGUUCAAGAUGUUGGCUAAAACAUAUGCUGAUUCACAUCCUAUAAUGUCGGAUAAAACAGAUGAAAGAUGUGGAGGGAACUUUGCUGAUGAAGGAGGCAUUAUAAAUGGAGCACAGUGGUACAGUUUUGCUGGAGGGAUGCAAGAUUUUAACUACCUUCACACAAAUUGUUUUGAGACAACAUUGGAGCUUGGGUGUGAGAAAUAUCCUCCAGAAGACGACCUCUAUUCAGCCUGGCAGCAUAAUAAGGAAGCACUCCUGACAUACAUGGAAAUGGUGCAUCGAGGAAUCAAAGGAAUUGUAAAAGAUGACAAAGGAAGAGGAAUUAAAGGGGCACAGAUCAAAGUUAAAGGAAUCAGACAUAACAUCCUUUCAGUUGCUAAUGGAGAGUAUUGGAGAUUACUGCCUCCAGGUACGCAUUUUGUAAGUGCAUAUGCUCGAGGCCACACACGCGUUUUGAAGAGAGUAUAUUUACCAAUAAAGAUGGAGGGAUCUGGACGUGUGGACUUUGUUCUGCGUCGCCUUGAACCUGAUAUUUAUUUCGAAUCUUUUGAUGAAGAAUCGGAUGAACUAGACAUGAUAGAACGUCUGGAGAGGACUCAGCAGGGAUAUGAAGAUGAAGAGGAUGAAUAUUCAUCUUCACGUGGAGGAAAGCCUUGGUGGUGGCCAUUCUUUUCCACUUUGGGACCAAAUUCACCAGACUGGCUUCUACGAAACAAUUAAUAGCUAUUGUGGAUUUUAUAAUAAACGGAGGAUACAUGAGCAAGUUGGCCUUAAAGAAUGCAAUUAUAAUCUCAGUGAUUCCUUAAUAGUCUUAACCUUAAUCAUAUCUUAUGAUAUGGGAAAAAAAUAUACUUUGAAAACAUUUUUUCUUAAUCUUAUAGUCCUGAAGGGGCCAAUUAUAAUUACAGGUCCUCAGCACAAGAGGGCAUCACAGAUCACAGCAUAGUAAAAUGAAUGCUUACCUGGGCGUAUUGCUGUGUGUAUCUGUAUGUCCAAUGUUAUGUUCGCAUGUUAUGGCAGAUAAGAACUUGGAAGAGAUCAUUUUGUUUUUUGUUUUCAAUUAAAAGGCAUAUUUUCUUCCUAACUACCUAUGGCAUGCGUGAUCCAAGUUGUUACUUGAAAAGAAAUUAUGGAAUAAAUCUAUCAUUUUGUAAGGAGCAGGUUACCUUAUUCGUGUUUUCUGUGAUUGUUAUAUCACUAGAAGUGGUGCUUUCUUAUCCCUUAACAACAAAAUAACAAAUUAAGUGGACGGCAUACUUUUUUUUUCUUCAAUAGAUGGAUACAUUCCACUGCUUGAGAUAAACAACUUUUUUUUAUUUUCAAGAGUUUUUUUUCAAAAACGCUUAUCAAAUGUAAAAACAUGUAACAUACAAGUGCAUUGAGUGUCUCAAACUAUCUGAAUGACUGUGGUUUUAUGUAAGUGUGAUAAUAUCGUUAUCUGUCAAAAAUGACAUUGCUAUUUUAUGCUGCGCGAAGCUUACCUCUCUACAUAAGGCCGACUCUCUUGUUCGGACAAAUUUUGUCACAACUCAAUCGCUACUGGUGCUUAUUUACAAAAUGUUCACAAUUUGCAAAUAAAUUGAACAUUUACACUG